UUUGAUCUAGUAUUCAUUUUGAAUGUGUAGUGAUACAAAUUAGGUGUUGUUUGGUCAUUAUUAUGCCGGGGUCAAACUCCAACUAUAUUUUUAGGAUUGCACAGUCUUUGAGCCGGACUCUGUACUCCGUCAUUGACAACAUGUCUCUCGUAAAGUGUGGAGUGUUUUUUGGACUUGGUGCAAUUUUGUCCUAUGGAUUCGGGUUUUCUUGCCAAAUAACAACUCUUUUAGUUAUAGCUACAUAUUUAGCUACUGGAGGCUGGAAAUUCAUAUGGGUAGUGAUAAAUACACUUCCUAGAGAUGCCAAGGCAUUGAAAGUAUUAAUCAAGUUAAAGUUGGCCACAAAGAAUCAUAUCCAAAAUAAUAUUACAGUACCUAUGAUAUUUACAAAAACAGCUAAGAAACAUCCAUCAAAGCCUUGUCUUGUGUCAGAAGAAGGAACACUUACAUUUGAAGAGGUGGAGAAUCUGUCCAAUCAGAUCGCUAAUUACUUUUAUCAGGCAGGCUACCGUAAGGGAGAUGUCGUAGCACUAUGCUUCACAGAGAACAGAAUACAAUAUGUCUGUUAUUGGUUGGGCUUGGCCAAGAUUGGUGUUGUAGCUGCAUUAAUUAACUACAACCAACGAGAUGUAGCACUUUCACAUUCCAUAAAUGCAGCAGACUCAAAAGCUAUUAUAUUUACUCCUGAUUUAUCAGAUGCAUUGGCUGAUGUUGCUUCACAGAUACAAAACAAAGUGAGGUUCUACUGUACUGGUAACAUGUCACCAAAUCAAGUCUUGUCUCCAGUAAUGUUACAGUCAGAACUAGCUCGCAGUCCAACAUACCCUCCACCUGCUGUUAAAGUAGGUUAUACAGAGAAAUUAUUUUAUGUAUUUACAUCAGGAACCACAGGGUUACCAAAGGCAGCUAUAAUUAGUCAUUCCAGAUUUUACUAUAUGACCGUUGGUGCAACUUCCUUAGCUAAUAUGACAGAGAAGGAUGUUCUCUAUGAUACAUUACCAUUGUACCACACAGCAGGGGGCGUGGUAGGAGUUGGUAGCAUGAUAGUCUUAGGGUGUACACUAGUCGUUCGGAAGAAAUUUUCUGCAAGCCGAUUUUGGGAGGACUGUAUUCAAUACAAUUGUACUGCUGCACAGUAUAUUGGAGAAAUAUGUAGAUACUUGUUAGCUACUCCAGCUAAACCUACAGACAAUCAGCAUAAAGUCAAAGUUAUGUUUGGAAAUGGUCUAAAGCCAGAAAUCUGGAAAAUGUUUCAAGAUAGAUUUGUUGUAAAACAAAUGGGUGAAUUCUAUGGAGCAACAGAAGGAAAUUGUAAUACAAUGAAUCCAGAUAACACAAUAGGAGCAGUAGGAUUUACUACAAUGAUUGCUCCCUUCCUUUAUCCUAUCACUCUGAUUAGAUUUAACAAAGAUACGGGAGAGUACCUGAGAGACAGAAAUGGUAUCUGUAUAAAGUCAAAGCCAGGUGAACCUGGUGAAUUGGUAGGGAAAAUAGUUAAAGGUGAUGCAUUAAGAGAAUUUGAUGGAUAUGUUAACAGACAAGCAACAGAUAAAAAAGUGUGUCCAGAUGUGUUUAAAAAGGGAGACUUAGCCUUCUUAACAGGUGAUGUAUUAAUUAUGGACAAGUUUGGAUACUUCUAUUUCCAGGACAGAACAGGUGAUACAUUCCGAUGGAGAGGAGAGAAUGUAUCAACGUAUGAAGUAGAAUCUAUAAUUAGUCAUCAUAUACAGCUAAAAGACUCAGUCGUUUAUGGAGUAGAAGUAAAAGGUUUAGAAGGAAAAGCUGGUAUGGCAACCAUUGUUGAUGAGCAUAAAAACCUUGACCUUUUGUCCUUGACCAAAGCAUUACAGAAAUCUCUGCCUCCCUAUGCUAGACCAGUAUUUAUACGACUGGCAAGUGAAGUUGAUACGACAGGCACACAUAAGUUAAAGAAGGUAGACUUAGCUAAAGAAGGAUUUAAUCCUAAUAUCAUCAAAGAUCAUCUGUAUUACAUGAAUAGUAAAACACAACAAUAUGAGCCACUGACAGUACAAGUUUAUAAUGAUAUAUGUAGUGGCAAAAUUAGACUGUAACUUUUAUCUUUUGGGCAAAAAUAUGAAUGGCAGCUAGGUUUCAGGAAGAAAUACUUUUUGGAUUAAAAAUAUCAAUUAGGGGUUAUCCAUAAUUUUCCAAUGAAAAUGUCUGACUAUUAAGUUGUCACAUAGGAGAUAAAUAAACAAUGUAGCAUUCAUAAUCAGAAUAAACCAGCUUUCCUUGGGAGACUCCAUCUAUUGCUAUUUCACAACCACUAGUGAGAUAGGGGUGGGGGAGAGGUUUGAAGGUGUCCUGAUCCUGAAUUCUAGGGCUUAGAAACGUUUAAACCUGAGGUCUUGAAUUUAAAGAAAUUUAAAUCUUGACAUCCCAAAAAUUUAAAAAAGAAUUCAUGGAUCCCAAAAGGAUCAAUCCCGAGAUUCCAAGCUUAAAAAUACCCGAUUCAGACGUCCUGACAAAGGCCCAGCCCUCCUCCUUGUGACUACAGUGUGAGAAAAAAAAUCAUGUUUGAUAGGCAGUGUAUGUUUUUAAUGAAUGUUUUAAAGGUUUGUUUGUUUGUUGUAUGAGAGUUUUUCCUUGUUCAGAGAAUUAAAUUUUAAUUCAAGCAUGACAAUUGUUUAUAUUAUGUGAGUUGAACAAUAAAAUUGUUAUUUAUAUGAUAUGCAUUA